CCCAUUUUGUCCCCUCUCCCUUCUCUCCUCACUCUUCACCUCUCCCCAGGUCGCCUUCUUAGAGGACUCCGCCGACGGAGAUGCUGCGGACCCCGCGGCCAGGGUCUGCUCCCCGGAGAACCCUCCGUCCACCUUUGCCCCCUCCCCGGGGGCGCGGGACGCAAGUUUCCGCUCCGUCCUUUCCCCAGUGACAGGACUUGGCUGCGGCCACGGCCAGGGAGGCGGGGGGAGGGACUGCCUGGCUCCCGAGCCCCCUCCCCUGAUCGCGAGCUCUGCGCGGUCUGUGUCUCUCUCGGCAAGUGCGGAGACGCGGAGGAGGAGGAGGAGGAGGAGGCAGUUGGGGGAGGAUCUCCAUUGAAAUAAACAACCAGGCAGCAGUUAUUAACACGGGAACAUGGCGGCCGCAGCCUCAGCCACAGCUUCGGCGGCGAAGGUCAGCGCCGACGGCAGCCGGCACCUGACGGCGUGACCGACCCGAGCCGAUUUCUCUUGGAUUUGGCUACAAAUUUAUAGAUCUUCUGCACUGUGUACAGGCACAGUUGCUGAUAUGUGUUCAAGAUGAGUGGGAUGGGAGAAAAUACCUCUGACCCAUCCAGGGCAGAGACAAGAAAGCGUAAGGAAUGUCCUGACCAGCUUGGACCCAGCCCCAAGAGGAGCACUGAGAAACGUAAUCGUGAACAGGAAAAUAAAUACAUUGAAGAACUUGCAGAGCUGAUUUUUGCUAAUUUUAACGAUAUAGACAACUUUAACUUCAAACCUGACAAAUGUGCAAUCUUAAAAGAAACUGUGAAGCAAAUUCGUCAGAUCAAAGAACAAGAGAAAGCAGCAGCCGCCAACGUAGAUGAAGUGCAGAAGUCAGACGUGUCGUCCACCGGGCAGGGUGUCAUCGACAAGGAUGCACUGGGGCCUAUGAUGCUUGAGGCCCUUGAUGGGUUCUUCUUUGUAGUGAACCUGGAAGGCAACGUUGUGUUUGUUUCAGAGAAUGUGACACAGUACCUAAGGUAUAACCAGGAAGAGCUGAUGAACAAAAGCGUAUAUAGCAUCCUGCAUGUUGGGGACCACACUGAAUUCGUCAAAAACCUGCUGCCAAAGUCCAUAGUGAACGGGGGAGCUUGGUCUGGCGAACCUCCCAGGCGGAACAGCCAUACUUUCAAUUGUCGGAUGCUGGUAAAACCUUUACCUGAUUCAGAAGAGGAAGGUCAUGAAAACCAGGAAGUACAUCAGAAAUAUGAAACUAUGCAGUGCUUUGCUGUCUCUCAACCAAAGUCCAUCAAAGAAGAAGGAGAAGAUUUGCAGUCCUGCUUGAUUUGUGUGGCUAGAAGAGUCCCCAUGAAGGAGAGACCAGUUCUUCCCUCAUCAGAAAGUUUCACUACUCGCCAAGAUCUCCAAGGCAAGAUCACGUCCCUGGACACUAGCACCAUGCGGGCAGCCAUGAAGCCAGGCUGGGAGGACCUGGUGAGGAGGUGCAUCCAGAAGUUCCACGCGCAACACGAAGGGGAGUCUGUGUCUUAUGCUAAGAGGCAUCACCAUGAAGUGCUGAGACAGGGACUGGCCUUCAGUCAGAUCUAUCGUUUCUCCUUGUCCGACGGCACUCUCGUGGCUGCACAAACGAAAAGCAAGCUCAUCCGCUCUCAGACUACUAACGAACCUCAGCUCGUGAUAUCUUUACACAUGCUGCACAGAGAGCAGAAUGUGUGUGUAAUGAAUCCGGAUCUGACUGGACAAGCGAUGGGGAAGCCAUUGAAUCCAAUUAGCUCUAGCAGCCCUGCCCAUCAGGCCAUGUGCAGUGGGAACCCCGGUCAGGACAUGACCCUAAGUAGCAAUAUAAAUUUCCCCAUGAACGGCCCAAAGGAACAAAUGGGCAUGCCCAUGGGCAGGUGCGGUGGUUCCGGGGGAAUGAACCACGUGUCGAGCAUGCCGGCAGCCACUCCUCAGGGUAGUAACUAUGCACUCAAAAUGAACAGCCCCUCACAAGGCAGCCCGGGCCUGAAUCCAGGACAGCCCAGCUCCAUGCUCUCACCGAGGCAUCGCAUGAGCCCUGGCGUGGCCGGAAGCCCUCGAAUUCCCCCCAGUCAGUUUUCCCCCGCAGGAAGCUUGCAUUCCCCCGUGGGAGUUUGCAGCAGCACAGGAAAUAGCCAUAGCUACACCAACAGUUCCCUCAACGCGCUGCAGGCCCUCAGCGAGGGGCACGGGGUCUCGCUGGGCUCGUCGCUGGCUUCACCGGACCUCAAAAUGGGCAACUUGCAAAACUCCCCGGUGAAUAUGAAUCCUCCCCCGCUCGGCAAGAUGGGAAGCUUAGACUCCAAAGACUGUUUCGGACUUUACGGGGAGCCCUCGGAAGGUCCAGCCGGGCCAGCAGAGAGCAGCUGCCCCCCGGGGGAGCAGAGGGGUGCCGGCGAGGCCGGGGGCGGCGAGAGGCCCGACGGGCAGGGCAGACUGCAUGACGGCAAGGGGCAGACCAAACUCCUGCAGCUGCUAACCACCAAAUCCGACCAGACGGAGCCUUCGCCCUUGCCUGGCGCUCUGUCGGACACCAGCAAGGACUCCACGGGCAGCUUGCCUGGCUCUGGGUCGACGCACGGAACCUCGCUCAAGGAGAAGCAUAAGAUUUUGCACAGACUCCUGCAGGACAGCAGUUCCCCCGUGGACUUGGCGAAGCUGACAGCGGAAGCCACGGGCAAAGAGCUGAACCAGGAGGCCAGCAGCACAGCUCCUGGGUCCGAGGUGACUAUUAAGCAGGAGCCAGUGAGCCCCAAGAAGAAAGAGAAUGCACUACUUCGCUACCUGCUCGAUAAAGAUGAUACUAAAGAUAUCGGUUUACCGGAAAUCACCCCCAAACUGGAGCGACUGGACAGUAAGACAGACCCUGCCAGUAACACGAAAUUAAUCACCAUGAAAACUGAGAAGGAGGAGAUGAGCUUUGAGCCCGGUGACCAGCCUGGCAGUGAGCUGGACAACUUGGAGGAGAUUUUGGAUGAUUUGCAGAAUAGUCAAUUACCACAGCUUUUCCCAGACACGAGGCCAGGCGCCCCUGCUGGAUCAGUUGACAAGCAAGCCAUCAUCAAUGACCUCAUGCAACUCACAGCCGAGAGCAGCCCUGUUACACCUGUUGGAGCCCAGAAAACAGCGUUGCGAAUUUCACAGAGCACUUUUAAUAACCCACGACCAGGGCAACUGGGCAGGUUAUUGCCAAACCAGAAUUUACCACUUGACAUCACAUUGCAAAGCCCAACUGGUGCUGGACCUUUCCCACCAAUCAGAAACAAUAGUCCCUACUCAGUGAUACCUCAGCCAGGAAUGAUGGGUAAUCAAGGGAUGAUAGGAAACCAAGGAAAUUUAGGGAACAGUAGCACAGGCAUGAUUGGUAAUAAUGCUGCCCGGCCCACCCUGCCAUCUGGGGAAUGGGCACCUCAGAGCGCUGCUGUGAGAGUCACCUGUGCUGCUGCCACCAGUGCCAUGAACCGGCCGAUCCAAGGAGGUAUGAUUCGGAACCCAACCGCCAGCAUCCCCAUGAGACCCAACAGCCAGCCUGGCCAAAGACAGAUGCUUCAGCCUCAGGUCAUGAAUAUAGGGCCAUCUGAAUUAGAGAUGAACAUAGGGGGACCUCAGUAUAGCCAACAACAAGCGCCUCCAAAUCAGACCGCCCCCUGGCCUGAAAGCAUCCUGCCGAUAGAACAGGCACCGUUUGCCAGCCAGAACAGGCAGCCGUUUGGCAACUCUCCAGAUGACUUGCUGUGUCCACAUCCUGCAGCGGAGUCUCCAAGUGAUGAAGGCGCUCUCCUGGACCAGCUGUACUUGGCCUUGCGGAACUUCGAUGGCCUGGAGGAGAUCGACAGAGCUCUGGGGAUACCCGAGCUGGUCAGCCAGAGCCAAGCGGUGGACCCAGAGCAGUUCCCCAGUCAGGACUCCAACAUCAUGCUGGAGCAGAAGACCCCCGUGUUCCCGCAGCAGUACGCAUCUCAGGCACAGAUGGCCCAGGGCAGCUACACUCCCAUGCAGGAUCCAAACUUCCACACCAUGGGGCAGCGGCCGAGUUAUGCCACGCUCCGCAUGCAGCCCAGACCCGGCCUCAGGCCCACGGGCCUGGUGCAGAGCCAGCCCAACCAGCUGAGGCUUCAACUGCAGCAUCGCCUCCAAGCACAGCAGAAUCGCCAGCCACUCAUGAAUCAAAUCAGCAAUGUUUCAAACGUGAACCUGACUCUGAGGCCUGGAGUACCCACACAGGCACCUAUUAACGCACAGAUGCUGGCCCAGAGACAGAGGGAAAUCCUGAACCAGCAUCUUCGACAGAGACAAAUGCAUCAGCAACAGCAAGUUCAGCAGCGAACGCUGAUGAUGAGAGGACAGGGGCUGAACAUGACGCCCAGCGUGGUGGCUCCUAGUGGUGUGCCGGCAACUAUGAGCAGCCCCCGGGUCCCCCAGGCAAACGCGCAGCAGUUUCCCUUCCCUCCGAACUACGGAAUAAGUCAGCAGCCUGAUCCAGGCUUUGCUGGGGCCACCGCGCCCCAAAGCCCUCUGAUGUCGCCCCGGCUGGCGCACACGCAGAGCCCCAUGCUGCAGCAGUCCCAGGCGAACCCAGCCUACCAGGCCUCCUCGGACAUGAACGGGUGGGCGCAGGGGAGCAUGGGCGCAAACAGCAUGUUUUCGCAGCAGUCCCCUCCACACUUCGGACAGCAAGCAAACACCAGCAUGUACAAUAACAAUAUGAACAUCAAUGUAUCCAUGGCGACCAACACAGGUGGCAUGAGCAACAUGAACCAGAUGACCGGACAGAUCAGCAUGACCUCAGUGACCUCCGUGCCUACGUCAGGGCUGUCCUCCAUGGGUCCCGAGCAGGUUAAUGAUCCUGCUCUCAGAGGAGGCAGCCUUUUCCCAAGCCAGCUGCCUGGAAUGGAUAUGAUUAAGCAGGAGGGAGACGCACCACGGAAAUACUGCUGACACUGAAGGUAGCUGGUUGCUUCUUUCUUCAGCUGACUGGGCUCACUUGCUCAAGAUGCUUACCAGCCUGGAGAGCUGCGUCUAUUUGUUUCGACCCAACCGACCUGCCAUCCAGUCCCGCCAGAGCAAGAUGGGCAGACGGGCCUGGGCCCCGCUCCCCCGGUGGAGUCCCCUCGGCUGCUGCAGGAGGAGCUGCCUCUUGUGUUGACAGACGGUCUGCAGCUCGCGUCCGGACAACUGUCAGUCUGUUCACUGCAUUCACCUUAGUGCAACUUAGAUCUCUCCUGCAAAGUAAAUGUUGACAGGCAGACUUCAUAACCGUGUCAGAUUGAAUGUAUCUAAAUGUAUGUAUUUAAGGAAAACACCCAUAUGCUCUUGUUCUGUUCCUGUCUGGUUCCAGACACUGGUUUCUUGCUUUGUUUUCCCUGGCUAACCAGUCCAGUCCAGUCCAAAAGAGUAAGAUUUCUUCUGGGGGAAAGAAAAGAAUUUUUUUUUAAAAAAAUCAAACUACAGAUGUUUUAAGCUAAGCCUACAUUUGGGAUAAAAGCAGGGGAGACACCAUGGACCGCGCCCUAUGUACAGAGACACCCAAGAAGUGAAGACCAAGAAAUCGUAGUUGUAUCUUUGUAGAAAGCUCUCAAGACCAUGUUGGAAAGCGUUUCCAGUUACUGAACAGAUGAAAAGGAGCCUGUGGGAGGGCUGUUAACAGUAACAAGUACUUUUUCCUCUGUUUUUUUUUUUUUUCUGAUUCAAACCAAACUAGUUCACCCAAAUCAUGACUCAAGAAGAAAUAAUAGUUUUCAUUUCCAAAUUCGCUUAGAUCGAUCCGACAGCCUGAAUCAGCACCUCCUCUUGCAUCUGACCCUGCCUCUUCCCCUCCCCUCUGCCUUCCCCAGCUCUCCCCACUCUCAUGCUUUUUUUUUUUUUUUUUUUUUU